UCAUAAGUCACUGAAAGUAUUUACCAAUGUCAAAGAAAUGAAAAGCAAUGAAGCUAAUUGCAGGAAAACGCCAAUACGCAAGAACGCGGUUUGCAUUUAAGUAGACGGCCAUCGACUGAAAGGCACUUGCACGGAAUGCUGAAUUUGUAAGGGAAACUUAAGACAUCGAUACUAACGUUAAAAACAGUGUCGAUAUCGCGGAUGUGGUAGCCUAUACAUCCUGACGCAACUGGAGCUAGUCUUAAACUUGCUCCUUCUGUUGUACGGUAAGCGGGGCCUGUGGCAGCAAUGAACCCGGAGGAACAAACUGUUACGUGGCUAAUAUCUUUAGGAGUGCUUAAUUCUCCGAAAAAGAACAUCGCCGAUCCAGAAGAUUUUUUGAAAACGUCCUUAAAAGAUGGAGUUGUCCUCUGCAAACUCAUGGAGCGACUUCUGCCAGGGUCAGUUCAGAAGUACUGUCAGGAGCCCAGAAACGAAACAGACUGCAUUGCCAACAUACGAGAGUUCCUAAAAGGAUGCGCAUCUCUGAAGAUAGAGGGCUUUGAACCAGAGGAUCUGUACACUGGUGAGAACUUCGGCCAGAUCCUCAACACUCUGUUGGCAGUAAACUUUGCUACUCAAGAUCGCAUCAUCGAGAGGCCAUGUCCUCAGCCCGGCAGCCCUGUCUCUAACCAGACCUUGUCUUCAAACACUCUGUCCAAGUCCAAGUCCCUGCGCAGACAAUCCAAGCCAGCGGAGAUGUCGGAGAAUGGCGGCGGCGGGCAGCUGGUGGUGAAGGCGCGCUUCAACUUCAAGCAAAACAACGAGGAUGAGCUGUCCUUCAGCAAGGGCGAGCUGAUCUGCGUCACCCGGCAGGAGGAGGGCGGCUGGUGGGAGGGAACGCUCAAUGGCAAGACCGGCUGGUUCCCCAGCAACUACGUCCGCGAGGUCAAGCCAUCUGAGAAGCCUGUGUCUCCUAAAGCAGUGAAAGUGUUUGAUGUGCCCCAGCUAACCAAGAACUACUAUGGCGUGGUUGUGCAGGACAUCCUGGACCACGAGCGAGAGUUUGUGAAGGAGCUGCAAACACUGCUCAGCUGUUACCUCCGCCCGCUGCAGUCCAGCGACAAAUUGUCAAGCGCGGACAGCGCUAGCCUGAUGGGGAACCUGGAGGACAUCCUCACGUUUCAGCAGGGCCUUUGUGUGGCUUUGGAGGAAUGCACAAAGGUGGCAGAGGCACAGCAGCGUCUGGGCGGCUGUUACCUCAACCUGCUGUGUCAAAUCAAGAUGCUGUACCUGUCCUACUGCUCCAGCCACCCCUCUGCCGUCUGCGUGCUGACAGACCACGGCGAGGAGCUGGACAAGUUCAUGGAAGGCCAGGGGGCCAUCAGCCCAGGGGUCCUCACGCUGACCACCAGCCUGAGCAAGCCGUUUAUGCGGCUGGAUAAGUACCCCACCCUGCUGCAAGAGCUGGAGAGACAUAUGGAGGAAGCCCACCCAGACCAUAGCGACAUCCUGAAAGCCAUAGCGGCUUUCAAGAGCCUUGUGACACAGUGCCAGGACCUGCGCAAGCGCAAGAACCUGGAGCUGCAGAUCCUGUCGGAGCCGGUGCGCGGCUGGGAGGGCGACAGCAUCCGGUUGCUGGGCCAGGUUCUCUACAUGUCCCACGUCCACGUGCAGAGCGGGGCAAGCGAGGACAAAGAGGAGCGCUACCUGAUGCUGUUCCCCAGUGUGCUCCUCAUGCUGUCUGCCAGCCCCCGCAUGAGCGGCUUCAUUUACCAGGGAAGGUUACCACUGACAGGCACGACGGUAACCAGACAGAUCGAGGACUCGGAGAACGGCCCACACUAUGCCUUUGAAAUCACAGGGAGCAUGAUCGAGCGGAUCACAGUGUACUGCAGCAGUCAGCAGGAGCAGCAGGAGUGGCUGGAGCACCUGCACACUCUGACCAAAGGAGGAAGCCCUGUGGGCACCAUCAGCAAGAAUGUAGAUGGCAAGCCUGCUCUCAGCACCCCGUCCCACCAGACCCUCUCCCAGGGUUUCAGCACUCCCGUCACCAGCCGUGGCCCCCUGGAGCCCCCCAAAAUCACCAAACCCUGGUCCCUGAGCUGCCUGAGGCCUGCGCCCCCGCUGAAGCCCUCUGCUGCCCUGGGAUACAAGGAGAGGAUGUCUUAUAUCCUGAAGGACAACAGCAAAAGCCCCAGACCUAUCACAAAAUUUCUCCAAAAAAGAAAAACCGAAAGGAAACCAUCCGAUGACGAAUUCCUGCUGAGGAAAAGCACUGCAGCCCUGGAGGAGGAUGCGCAGAUCCUGAAGGUCAUCGAGGCCUACUGUACGGGGGCCAGCCUCCACCAGACCACCACAGUGGUCCGGAAAGAGUGCAUACCACAAGUUCUUCUGCCCGAAGAGGAGAAGAUCAUCGUGGAGGAACUGAGGAGCAACGGCCAGACAAUAAUUGAGGAGAAAAGCCUUGUGGAUGCCGUUUAUGCUUUAAAGGAUGAGGUCCAUGAAUUAAAAAAGGAGAAUAAGAGGAUGAAACAGUGUCUGGAGGAGGAGCAGAAGUCACGCAAGGAGCUGGAGCGCAUGGUCAGGAAGCUGGCCAAACAGAAGAAUGACUGCACUUGGGAAGAUGGCAGUUUCUAAUGUGUGUGUGUGUGUGUGUGUGUGUGUGUGUGUGUGUGUGUGUGUGUGUGUGUGUGUGUGUGUGUGUGCGUGCAUGCGUACGUGCGUGAAUGUCCAGUGUGUCUGCUUGAUUGCUGAAAGCUGCUGGCAGUUUCCACAAAGUUGUAACUCCCUUUCUGAACAAACAAAAACAAGCAUUUUGCGUAGAACAAGAAACAAACCCAGAUAAAAAUGAGUGUGAACUGAUCCUACAGCCACACUGAAACAAUGGAAUGGGAUUUUGCAAGCGUGCGGGGAGGGUGAGAGGAGAUGUAGACAGUUCAUUAGAAUUGUGACAAAGUUAUGGUAAAAAUUUCUUAGACAAAUAAUGAUGCCUGGCAUUUGAGAACAGAAGGUGUGAGAUGGACGUGGGAGUCAAACCUGGAUAUGACUAGAAUGGACAGAUCUGAACAUUGGACUGUCAACAGUUACUCGUCCACUGUUCUGAACGGUAGCUUUUGAGAAUUUGUUUUUGGAGACAACAGAGGAAAAAUUAGGCAAGCAGACAUAAAGGAAACAGAAUCAUUCAGCUGGCACAUACUAACUACUAUGGACACUGUGAAAUUCUUCCUCAGUCAGAGGCUUCUUUAAAGUUCAUAAGUAUGAGGGAAAAAAAUCUUCAGAUUGCUCCAACCCCAUGAUGGAGGACUUGAAUGACUUGAUAUUGUUACAAUAAAAAAAAAACAAUGCAGUUUGAAAGAAAAACAUACUUUUGUUUGCACGUAUAUUAGUAGGAGAUCAGUGCCGCAGGUCUAAACUUUAUGGUCCCCCUGUACAGUCUGUUAGUUUGGAUGUAUUUGAAUGGAUUUUCUAUUAGUGUAAUGCAGGGAAUUGCUUGUUAUGAACAAUAGAGGAUAUGGUCCCCCAUCUGGGCUGUGCAUCAAAGACAUGAGACAGAUCUGUGGCUGUCUUUAAAGUAUUUAGCGGGGAAGUUGCACCCUGAGCUCUCAUGUCCUAUCGAUGCUUUAAUAUUAAAUGUUCUCUCUUUGCUAUGUUACCUACCUUUUGCAUGUGUACCUACAGUAUUUCUUACUUACAUGUCGCAUAUUCCGUGAAAUACUUUCUUUUACUAGUAGGUAAUAAUUCCUUCAGUUG